CUCUCACCCUAGCAGCAGUGGUUUUCCGUCGGUGGGGGUGUUCUGGGGGCAGUUUGUUUUUUUUAACUUCUGGUGAGAGAGGGUGCUGUUCUCUGUUCACUGGGAAUGUAUUGACUGAGGAUCCAACUCUCAGCCUUCCAGCUGGACCCUGCUGCUGCUCUGCUCACUGCGUGGGGUUUAAACCAGGACACAAACACACCUGAAGACUGAGGUCUCCCACUGACCCGUCUUCCUAUUAAACCAUGAGGAUCUUCCUCCUGCUCUGCCUGCUGGCACUGGGCAACGCCAAACCCUACGAGCCAAUCAAUGUCAUGGACUUCAUGAAAAACUAUGACAUCAUGAUGGCUGAUGUGGGCGAUGACGAUGAUGACAAUGACGAUGAUGAUUAUGAUGAUGAAGAUGAGAGCUGUCCGGCUGGUUGCCACUGCUCUCCCAGAGUGGUCCAAUGCUCCGACCAGGGUCAGAUCUCUGUUCCUGAGAAGAUUCCUGAAGACACUGUGAUGCUUGACCUCCAAAACAAUGAUAUCACUGAGAUCAAGGAGAACGACUUUAAAGGGCUCCACAAGCUUUAUGGCCUGUUUCUGAUCAACAACAAGAUCUCUAAGAUUCACCCCAAGGCCUUCAGAAACAUGGACCAUCUCAGACUGCUGUACCUCUCAUACAACCUGCUGACUGAGAUCCCUGCAAACCUGCCUCCCAAUGUCGUCGAGCUCCGCUUCCACGAAAACAAGAUCAACAGAAUCCAGAAGGAUGCAUUUAAAGGCCUGAGGAAACUCCACGUGCUGGAGCUGGGCGCCAACCCUCUGGCCAAUAGCGGGAUUGCACUGGGAGCUUUUAACGGCGUGUCAACCCUUUAUGUUGGUUUAGCAGAGGCCAAGCUAACCGCUAUACCAAAAGACCUCCCGUCCUCCAUCACAGAGCUGAGCCUGGACUACAACAAGAUCUCUAAGGUGGAAAUAGAAGACUUCAUAAGAUAUAAAAACCUGCAGAGGCUAGGACUUGGUUUUAACCAGAUCAAGUCUGUAGAAAAUGGCAGCUUUGCCAGCACCCCAAAUGUCCGUGAGAUCCACCUGGACAACAACCGUCUGAGAAAGGUCCCACCAAGCCUCAAUUCCCUGCGCUACCUCCAGGUGAUUUACCUCCAUGGCAACAAAAUCAGCAGUGUGGGAGUCAAUGACUUCUGUCCCAUCACACCCGGUGCCAAGAAGAACCUGUACACAGGCAUCAGUCUGUUUGCCAAUCCUGUUAAAUACUGGGACAUCCAGCCAGCCACCUUUCGCUGUGUGAGCGGACGAAGGGGCGUUCAGCUCGGAAACUUCAGAAGGAAGUAGAGAGUGAAAACGAUGAGCUCCAGACAGCUGAGAUACUGUCACUAUCCUCCUUACAGUAUAAGGAAGGAGUAGGAUAUAAUUCUGAUUGAUGAAACAAGAUGGAACUGGAUUUCUAAAGUCAUAGCUAUUCAGGAAAGAGCAACAAUUUCAUAUUCUAUUGAUAUAUAUUAGAAAGUGUAGUACAGUAGGGGAAAAAAACAACCAAAAAACUGUAGAUGUCUAGAUGUUGGUGCAGUGGCAUUAAUGUUGAAUCAUAAGCUACAACACUAAGAAAAUAAUUCCAGCCGCUACAGACAGUAUACAGGGGGUGGACGCAAUAACAUGAACAGCUGCACAUUAUAAUGAAACUCAAGUCAAGUGUCCCGCCUGCCUUUGUGAGGUGAUUCUUUGCUUCUGAACUUUAGCUGUUAAAAUUUCCCAGGAAUAAAGCGCCUCCCUCUGGUCAAGUUAAGAGCAAAAUCACCCAAUGAUGCAACUGAAGUUGUAGUACCAUCUGAUGCCUUUUUAGGUGAUCCUUUUAAAUUUUUUUCUUUCCAGUUUAAAAAUAAGACAACUUUUAAUAAAAUACUGAACUGAAACAUUUCCAAGUUCUAAAACACCAUGAACAAAAUACCUUUUCCUUUUUUGCUAUUUCUAUAUCUAUUUUAUUUAUGCCUCUUUUUUUAAAAAAAAGUUGAGACAUGGUAAUCAUCAUAGCAGAGUCACUGUAUGGCCAGAGCUGUAAAAUAGGAGCCUAAAAACCACUUGUACUUCAACAAAUGUUCCUUCCAGCAGAAGUCUGUACAGUCAAUGAAUGACGCUGGCAUUAUUUAGUGCAAUAAGUCACUUUGAAGUCCCAUGUCUGUCUUUAUGUGGAUGUUUUAUAUUAUCUCACUGCAUGUCUGAAUUGUCUGUAUUUAGCGGCUGAAAGCUACAUGUCAGACUGGAUUAUACAUUGUCCUUGAUGUAAACCCAAAUGUCAUUUUGUUUUAAUUAACUUUAGCAACCAAGUGAAAUAAAAUUAAUACUGCAAUUAUAAGUAGGUAAUGUAAAACCCUACCAGAAACGUCUGAGAGCAUCUUCCUUACAAACAUGUUUCCCCCAGUGUUCUCUCCUCUGAAAAUGGUGCUAUAUUUAUUUAGUAUGUCUUUAAAUAAACCUGGAACACCUCCCCA